AUGAAUUGGGCUCUGAAACACACAUUCACCACUGCUCAAGUUUCACGUAAACUAAAGCAACUUGGCCUUCCUCUCCCUCUUGGUAAGAAAUCUAAAGCUGGCAUGAUGCUGAGAGAUGACCAUGAUGAUUCCUCACAAGAUGACUCUGACAACGAAACAUUAUCAGCAUUCAAGAAGAGGAAGAGCAGAAAAAGCGAGAAGAUCGAGAAGCACAUGAGAUCAAACAAUGAGAUCACUCCAGAAAGUUCUGAAGACAAGACAGAACGGAAUGAAACUAGUCCACAUAUGCCUAGCAAUGGCAAAGAUGAGGACGCUGAUCAAAACCACAUCACCGGGCAAAGUAAAGAAUCUCAAACAGAUGUUCAUAUCAGCGCCAACGCUCCUUUUACUUCAUCUCCAGAAGAUCCAAAUCUUCUAUCUGAUCACGAACUGGAGGAUGAUGAGUUGGCAGAUUCCCGUGAGGACGUCACACCUAUUUCUGCGUCUCUUACUCAAAGUCCGCUUAGCAGAAGGAAACUGAAGAUGGUAUUUGAUGAGGACCAUUGA